CCCUCACACUACUUCCUACUUCUGCUUCUACUUCUACUCCUACUCCUACUUAGCUGCUAACUCCUCCUAUUUUACACGCAUGGAUUUCUUCGCCUUCUUCUUUCUAUUGUUUCUUUCCAUUUCCUUCGUCUUCCUUCUCAUUUCUCUCCUUAAUUUCUUCUUUCCUUCCAAUUCAUCCGCCAAAUUGCCUCUCCCUCCCGGCUCAUUGGGUUGGCCUUACAUUGGAGAGACCUUCCAGCUCUACUCCCAAAACCCGAAUGUCUUCUUUGCCUCCAAACAGAAAAGGUAUGGCUCCGUCUUCAAGACCCACAUCUUGGGUUGCCCUUGUGUCAUGAUUUCUAGUCCCGAAGCUGCUAGAUUCGUACUUGUGAGCAAAGCUCAUCUCUUCAAGCCAACAUUCCCGGCGAGCAAAGAAAGGAUGUUAGGCAAACAAGCCAUCUUUUUUCACCAAGGAGACUACCACAACAAAUUGAGAAAACUCGUUCUUCGCGCUUUUGUACCUGAUGCAAUCAAAAGUAUCGUCUCUGAUAUCGAGUCCAUUGCUAAAGAAUCUGUACACUCUUGGGAAGGAAGGGACAUUAAUACUUUCCAAGAAAUGAAAACAUAUGCAUUCAAUGUUGCACUGCUCUCAAUAUUUGGAAAGGACGAAUUUCAAUAUAGAGAAGAACUAAAAAGAUGUUACUACAUUCUUGAAAAGGGAUACAAUUCAAUGCCCAUUAAUCUACCAGGGACACUCUUUCACAAAGCAAUGAAAGCAAGAAAAGAGCUAGCUCAGAUCCUAGCCAAAACUCUGUCGAGCAGGAGACAAAUGAAGCUCGACCGAAAUGACUUGCUUGGAUCUUUCAUGGAAGACAAGGAAGGAUUGAGUGAUGAACAAAUUGCAGAUAACAUUAUUGGAGUGAUAUUUGCAGCUCGUGAUACUACAGCUAGUGUUCUCACAUGGAUUCUAAAGUAUCUUGGAGAAAACCCAAGUGUUCUUCAAGCUGUAACCGAAGAGCAAGAGGAAAUAGUAAGAAGUAAAGAGAAGAGUGGUGAGCAGAAAGUUCUGAAUUGGGCAGAUACAAAGAAGAUGCCAGUAACAUCAAGGGUUAUUCAAGAAACAUUAAGGGUUGCUUCAAUUUUGUCUUUUACUUUCAGAGAAGCUGUUGAGGAUGUUGAGUAUGAAGGAUAUCUGAUCCCAAAAGGAUGGAAAGUCUUGCCACUUUUCAGAAACAUUCACCAUAGCCCAGAAAUCUUUCCAGAUCCUGAAAAGUUUGAUCCUUCAAGAUUUGAGGUUGCACCAAAACCCAAUACAUUCAUGCCAUUUGGCAAUGGGACCCAUUCAUGUCCAGGGAAUGAAUUAGCUAAGCUGGAAAUUCUUGUCCUUCUCCAUCACCUGACCACCAAGUACAGAUGGACAAUGGUGAGUACAGAUAAUGGGAUUCAGUAUGGCCCUUUUGCCCUUCCCCAGAAUGGUUUGCCCAUCAAGUUGUCCCAGAAAUCGUAGUACCAUUUUCACCUUCAUGCAAAUUGCAAUGCAACACAGCUAGAAAGAAAGAAAGAAAGCCACCAUCAACCAAUCAUCCAUUAAAGACAAGGGAACCUUUCUAUAUCAUAUAUACACAUACAGCUAAGGCCUGCCUGCUGCAUGCUUCUUUAUUUUAUAGAAAAGGUUUCCUUCCACUUUCUUCAAAGGAGACGGAAAGAAGAGAGCAAUUUUUAUUUUACCAUUUUCCCUUGUGGCCACAAACACGGCUCAUACAAGAGACAUUUGAAGACUGCUAUGUUAUACCAAAGGGAACUCAUCAACUGUACAGAAGAGUGUCAUUCCCUUUUUCUUUUUUCUUAGUUUUCCUCCAAAUUUUUAUUUUAUUUUAUUUUAUUUUUUAUCUUCAAUUUAUAGUUAAUUAAGGUUAGUGGAUGAUGCUAGUGGUUGAUCCCAAAUUGGGAUCGCUUCUGUAAUUGUAUUUAACUUCAUAUUUUACAUAUAUAAAUAAUAUGUGUAAUGCCGCAAGGCAAACCCUGAAAUUUUCCUAAUAAAUGCAACUUUGAUCUUCA